GACUGGACAGGCACGUUAAAGGUUAAAAUAACUAACGUAAGACUUUCUGUAUCUGUGCUGUUAGGGAGAAGAGGGGCGACACAGAAAACGUCGCUUCCUUUUACGUCCACGCUGUCUCGAAAAGAAGCGCCCGGACGGCCUUGAGUCAGUUAGCAUAGCUCCGUGUUAGCUUUUCUCCACGUUAGCGGUCGCCUUGACAACCACAUCAGUCUUCCGUCAGACACUAAGGAUUCCAGCGCUGCGAGCUGAUUGGAGGGAGAUUAACCACCCCAAACCUCAACUGUUCACGCAUAACAGCUCCUCGUGUAUGGGAGCUCCAGGUCGUCCCAUCCAGAUUCAGAACUUCUCCACCGGCAAGCCUUUGGCCCCCCUCACCCCCUCCAAGGCUAUGCAACUAACCCUGGAAGCUCCAGGCAGAGUGGAACCUGGGGUCCUCCUGGGCGAACACUAGGCCUUUCUGGGCUUUUUGACACCAGUCUGCAUCAUGCCAGCACCUCUGGUCCUGACCCUGCUGUCAUGAAUCUGAUCUCAGCGCUAGAGUCUCGGGGUCCACAGCAUACACCCUCUGCCUCCUCUCUUCUCUCUCAGUUUAGAACACCCUCUUGGCAGCCAACCAUGCAUACACCAGGCCCUGCGGAGCUCUUUAUGUCUGGGGCCAUCCCAGGUUCCGGGUCCUAUCCCUCCUCUUCAUCCAUUUCUACGUACCAACAUCCUGGCACCUUUUCUGGACGAUCAUUCACUCCUUCUCUAUCCUUGCAGGAUACCCCUACAUAUAGCCCAAACUCCAAUGGUUUGUUAUCCCCCCAUGAUUCUCUUCUGCACAUUAAAACACCCUCCCAGUCCAGCUUGGGCUUUGAUCGCUUGCUUUCUUCUCAAAGUGUCACAUACAGGGGAUCCCAGGACCCACCGACUCUUCAGAACCAAACCCCCUCAAAUUCUUCUAAUUGCCACUUGCCCCCUCCCCAGUUCAAUCUGUUGUCCUCCCAACUUCAUAACCGGUCCUCUCAGUUAUAUAAUUCAUCCAUGUUCUCUUCCGCUCCAGCCCUGGUGGGUGCAGCAACACCUCAGCCACAGCCUGCUCCAGAGAGGGCAGUUCCUCGACAAGACAGUGUGAUCAAACAUUACCAACGUUCGACCCCAGCUCAGCCUACAUCUCUACAACAAUAUACCAGUUGUGGUGGAUCAUCUAGGUACCAACAGUUAGUCAACCAGCACCGUCAUGUUGGAAUGCCUUGUAGCCCCUUGGAUGAACAAAGUCCGUCCGCUGAUCCUAAACCUUCACCGCAGAUGGAACCUCAAACAUAUCAACCAACCAUCCAAACUCCCUACACAACCUCAUCGCCUAGUUCUUCUGUAUCCUCUUUGUCUGCCGCAAAGGGACCAAGUGGUUCCAGUUCCAAUACUAUCUAUUCCUCUUCAGGCUCUUCAUCGUCUUCUUCCCGUACUCCACACACUCUACCAUCAACCUCCUCUUCAUCCUCCUCUAGUUCCAAGACAAACAGCAACUCCUUGUCUGCUCCCUCUCAUCAGCAGCCUGGUCUUCAGCUAGCCCCAGCACCACCUAAACUACCAGUGGUGUCAUCUACCCUUGUUCAACAACCUGCUGUCAAACAAUGCCUAUCCAGCUAUGGCUCUCAGUCUCUGGUGAAAUCUAGCACUGUCAUACCAAACCGGACCCCUCCCCAGUCCCAUGCCCAGUCCUACUCCCCUACCCAAGUUCCAUCUGCACACAUGGCCCCGACGUUUGGAGGAUUCAACUCACCACAUUCCCAGGAUUUAAGUUCUCGGGGAGGGGUUACUGGGGGAAAGGAUUUCAACAGUAUAGGCCAAGGAGGACGCUCUUUCUCUGCUGAAAUAGUCUAUGGGGACGCCACUUACAGCUCUGCUUCUCUCAGAAGGGCAAGCAGCCCUUCCUUGGAUUAUGGGAAUGAAUCAACAAGGAUGGGACCCCUAUCAGGAGGAACUACACAAAGGGGUGGAAUUUUAUCUGUAGGUUCAGGGAGUGCUACUUCUGCUGUAGGUAAUGAAAGUAACAGCUCAUACCACCUGCCUGAGUCAAGUACAUCACCUGUUAUCAUUUCUACUCUCAGUCACUCUACAUUACCCUCCCCUGCUGCUGCUUGUACUGCACCCUCACCUGGGAGCUCAGGGGGAACAAAAUACUUGUCUUCCAUCUUGUCUUCUGCUUUCAUGUCCUCGCCACAAACUUUCCCUGAUACACGACAAACGCAAAGCGACUCCUAUAACUUGACACCAACCAAACCAAAAACUGACACAAAAUUAUUGCCAGCUGAUCGAUCCCAAGUUGAAGCAGAAGGAGAUGAUGAUUUUCUAAUUCAACACUUACUACACACACAAAGAUCAACAACUCAUUCUUCUCAGCAUCAUUCACAUUCUCAAAUUCUACCCCAAUGUAUAUCACUGGCUAGGGAUGGUGAGAGCAAGCAGAGGACCUUUGAUAAUAACAAGCUCUCAAAUGAACGAUACCACCCUCAGAGUGUCAUCCGUACCAAUAACACUACUAGCCACCCUGGUCCUGAAUCAACAACUAGUGAAACAGCAAGUGGCCUAAAUAGACAGUUGGAAUCGACUCAGAAAAAAAAACAGACUACAUCAGAUUUGACUUUAUCAAAGUCCCCAGCUGGAGAAGUACAAGGAGUUUCGAAAUCUCUAUCUCACUCCCUUACUAACCAGACCGAUCAAGAGCAACAUGAUUCUUUGGGGUCUGUAGUACAGUAUGGAAGAAUGGAUCCUUAUACGCAACACCCACACCACCAACAUUCCUAUCACAUCUCACAUGUGUCCCCAUAUUCUCAGCAGCACACUCAGGACCCCCAGCAAAGCACCCAGCACUCCCGGCACAAUCAACUUACACAGCAACAUUCUCAGCAUAGCCAGACCAAUUCCCAAUCUCAGAACAAUCCUCACAUGGACCUAAAGAAGCAUUUAAAUACAAAUAAAAAUGCCUACUUAUGUAAUACACUAGAAUUGCUGCAGGCUCAACAAAUCCAGCCCCCCCUUUCUUUGACAGAUUCAUCACCAGACCCUUCUCAGUCAACAGAUAUGAUGCAGCCUGUACUUUCACAUACCCCCUGCACGAAGAUGGACCUUCACAAAGGACUCGCACAACAACAACAGCAGCAGCAACCUCAUCACCCGUUGAGUCAGCAGGAUAUGAUUUGUGCAGCUGGAGGAGUGAGGGCUUCUGGGAUGGAAUCCAAUUCACAAAACCUUUCUCCCCAGUUGCCAGUGUCACUGCAAAACCAAGGUAUAGAUACUCACUACCGUCUUGCCACUCAAUCAAGAGAUGAGCUUCAAACAAGUCAGAACUCAAUGCCUACCCUGGAUAUGCUAGACCAGUCUCUUUCCCAGACCAAUAAUAUUGACACUGUUGAACCACUUGACAGAACUGGACUUGAUGUGAGUGUUCUAGUUGGGGAGGGAGGUGGUGGAGACAGGUAUAGACACCAGCACAGACUUACGCCUCAGCAUCAUUCUCAACAAAAGCACCCAGAUCUCCAUAAUCUUCUUGCUGAACCAGAUUUAUGUGUGUCCACACCUUCACACUUUCACCAUGUCAACCCUCCACCUGCCCACACCCACUCCCAUGUCCUCCAAGGGCAACAAACACACACUCAUCAGCAGCUAUCACAUGAACAGUUAGGUCAUCGACCCCAUGGGAUGUCAGCAAACAUGGCUCCUCCUCACCAUCUGCGGCGAACUCAACCAAGAGAGCAUGAAACAAGACUCUCACACUCCCAGUUAGACCAGCUCAAACAGCAACAGUUUGACACAAUUAGUCCAGCAAAUAAAGUUGGACUGAAUCAAGUUCAGCAACAGCAACGGUUUCCACCACUAGCAUCCAUCUGCUUUCCAGACUCUCUUUUACAGGAUGAGGAUCGUUCAUUCUUUCCUGAGAUGGAGGACAUGUUUUGUUCAACUGAAUAUAAGUCAAGCUGUGCUGGGGAUUCUGGGGAAGGGCAGGCUGUUCAAGAGAACCUUAGUCAGAGUAAAGAGCAGUCACAGGAGGGUAUAGACGCCCUAAAAGUGGGAGGUGCUGGAGAGGGAUAUGAUGUGGGUAAUCAUCACACUGAUCAAGGCUAUGGACAGUACUGCCAUACCCUUCCAAGAACAGGUAAUAACAAUCUGCACUUUGCCCUUGACUCUCUGAAGACCCACGAGCUACCUUCUACUGUGAAUACUGACCAGCUUGGCCUCAUCCAGUCUCAGACUCUGGCACUGGGUUCAGCAGCCCAAGGAGAUGGAACAAUUAACAAAAUGAUGGGAGGUGUGGGUGGGAGUUCCAGCACUACUGGUCUGUCCUCACCUAUGUUUUGCUCUUCUAGACCCAAAAAACUACUGAAGACCAGCUCAUUUCACUUGCUCAAACAGCGACGUGAGCCACAACCCCAAACAAAGAAAAACUAUCCGCAAGAGUAUGAGUUUGAAGAUGAUGAAGAUAAAGCUGAUGCUCCAGCGGAUAUUCGUCUCAACAGCCGACGACUUCCAGACCUGUUGCCAGACUUGGUAUCAAGUUGUAGGAGGGCUACCAGUGCCACCGGACUCAGUCCAAUGUUGAGCGAUGUUGACUUCUGCCAUCCUUCUAGCUACAAUCCUCUUGGGCACCAUUCACAAAUCCUACCUCACGAUGGCCCUAAGAAAAGAGGAAGAAAACCAACUAAACCAAAACGAGAAGGCCCUCCUCGCCCGCGAGGUAGACCACGAAUACGCCCUCUUCCAGAGCCUGCAUACUGCAGAGGAUUGAUGGGCUCAGCCUCUGGAGAAACGAGAAGAGGGCGUGGGCGGGGUAGGGGGCGUGGCAGAAGAGAGGAAGGACUGGUGGAAACUCACAGAGACAUAAACAAAGCCCGAAGCUUUCCAUAUAAUCAUCAACAGCAACACCAGCAACAGUACAGCCAACAGCAGCAUGUCCAGCAACACCCACAACAACAUUACAACCUACAGACUGACCUUCAUCAAGUUCCACAUGAACAUAUGCAGCAUCACCUCCAUCUUCAGCAGCAAGUUUCCUUUUCUCACCACCAAGUGCACCAUCAGCAGCUUUAUCAACAAGAGCAGCAGCAAGCACCCCAGCAACCCCAGCAAGACUCGACUAGACCAAUCAAGAUGAAACAACUACCUUCCACAAUGCCACCGUCGGAGUCCUUGCUGAAGACAGACUCUCUGUCCAGCAGUGAGCCAGUUCUGUCUGAUGGAUCAGUGGGGUCAGCGCCAUCUUUGGGAAUAAGUCCUGGACCAAGCAGCACCAUGGACAUUGGAAGAAAUGAUCAGGAUGAGACACAAGACAAGAUGAUGGUGUAUGGCUGGAAAAAAGAAAUGGACCAUCCACUGAAUCCUGAAUCCUGGGCUGAUCUGCAGAAACUCUCCAAUUCAGCUGAUGAUAAAGACUUUGACUUCAAACCUGGCUUCAUGGCCUCUUUUUUGGACUUCCUAAAGACAGGCAAAAAAGAGUCUGACCUCACACUGGGACACGAUGAAGGCGAGCAGGAAGCCUUUGACGCCUGUUCCUCUUUGAAGGGAGGAAUCGGGCCUCUGUCAUCACCUCCAUUCCUACCACCAACUUCUCCACAGCCGCCUCCAGAAACAUUCAACGAGCAUGGUCAGGGUGAGGCGCCCGACCUGGCACUCAGUGGAUGUCCAAGUCCCUGCAAGCCUCUGGAUGAAGAGCUGAAAAGAAACCUAGAGACGCUGCCGUCUUUCUCCUCGGACGAGGAGGACUCUGUUAGUAAAAACCAGGACCUGCAGAAGAGCAUCUCAUCCGCCAUCUCAGCGCUCUACGACACCCCACACUCACUGGCCGCUGUGAUGGCCUCUGCCAUGAUCAAGACCCAGCCCAGCCAUUCACCCCCGACGCCGCAGGAGCCGUUGCUCAGCCCCCCUCUUCCUGCCAUUCCUCCUGUUGUCCCCACUGUGGAGAACAUAAAAAAGGAGACGCUGACAUACAGUCAGCAGCACACACAAGGGGAUGAGGGGCAGAGUUUGAUCUCCCCACAGCCAAGCAGACUAAACACAGAGAAGAGAGAUUCAGAGCAGAAAGAGGAAGAAGAGAGAGAAGAGGAGGUGAGAGGAACGGAGAUUGGGAUUGAUGAGGAAAUAAUGAGAGAGCCAGAGAAUCUGGAGGGCCAAGAAAAGGAGCAGGAGGAGGAGGUCGACGAAAAACUGCCUGAAUGUUUGGAGGCUCCAAAAGUUGAAGAUCCCCCAUCAGAACUUGCACUUGCCCCUGCACCUCCAUCUAAAUCCCCCUCUGUUUCGCCCUCACCUCCCACCUAUUCUUCACCCUCACCCCUGCCUCCCUUCAGUUUGUCUGUCCCCUCAUCGUUGCCCAAACAGCAGGGCGAGGACGAGACAGGUCCAACAUACCUGCCCCCUGAAGCCCAGGCUCAGCCGUCCUCAUAUCAUCAAGCUUCGGCUGCGGGCACGUCUCCACCGCCUUCCACCUCCCCUCCAGCUAUCCCAUCAUCACCACUCUCCAGCCUUCCCCAGUCCAUCCCACCUCCUUCAACAACACCGCCCCCUUCAUCAUCUGAUCAGGACCAAGAUCAUGAAGCCGGUGAGCCUUCUCCCUCUUCACCCUCUGUUUCCUCGCCCUCCUCAUCUUCUUCUGAGCCACCAUCACCUCCAACUCCAGAGGAGACCCCAGCCUCACAGCGCCUCACCUCUUUACACCUGGCAAAGAAGCAGGCUGACGCUGCCAUCGCUGGGGAGAGUGAAGAGGAAGACAGUGAGAGUGGAGGCGAGGGAAUCUUUCGUGAACGAGAUGAAUUUGUGGUUCGAACUGAAGACAUCGGGACUUUGAAGAUGGCUUUGCAGACUGGCCGGGAACCCCCACCCAUCUGGAGAGUACAGAAAGCUUUGCUCCAGAAAUUCAGCCCAGAGAUUAAAGAUGGCCAAAGACAGUUCUGUGCAACUAGCAAUUAUCUGGGCUACUUUGGAGAUGCCAAAAUGUGCUACCAGCGUCUAUAUGUGAAGUUCCUGGAGAACGUCAAUAAGAAAGACUACGUCCGAGUGUGCUCUCGGAAGCCAUGGCACCGAGCUGGCCAGGCCCUGAGACGCCAGUCUCUAGCUAAACAGGUGCCAAGCAUUCACAGUCAAAGACAGCCACGAGUGGAGAGAGAUGACAGAGACAAGGAGAGACAAAAAGAAAGAGAGCUGAAGGAGCAGAGAGCCAGAGAAAAAGAACGUGAAAGAGAACAGAGAGAGAAAAUAGAAAAGGAGCUUAAAGAAAGAGAGAGGAGGGAGGAGAAGGAGAAACAUGAGAGGGAGCACAAAGAGAAAGAAAAUAUGAGAAAACGAGAAGAAAGACAGCAAAAACAGAGGGAGUUCAGUGAAAAAGAGAGAGAGAUAGAGAGGGUGAAUAAACAGAAAGAGAGAGAGGGGAGAGAAAAAGAGAACAAGGACAGAGAGAGACGGGAAUAUGAGCGAGAACAAAGUGAAAGAGAGCAGAUGGAGAGGAGGAAUAGGGAGCAGAGAGAGAAGGAGAAACGAGAACAAGAGUGGAGUGAAAGACUGAGACAAGAGAGAGAACAGAAAGAUAAAGAGCAAAAAGAGAGGGAGAAAGGAGAAAGGAGGGAAAUCUCUAAACAGGAGAGGGAUAUGAGAGAGAAGCAGGUUGAGCAGAAAGAAGGGGAGAGACGAGAUGUUGAGAAAGAAAAGAGACAGGGAAGAGAUGGAACCGCAGAAAUUUUAAGACUGAAAGAGAAGAGAGAAGGAGAGAAAAACAAGACUUCAAAAGACAGAGCUGAGCCUCCCCCAAAGAAGAGGAAGAAGUGGCUGAAGGAGGUACCAUCGUCUUCCUCUGAGUCUGACUCCUCCCGACCCAGUGAGGAUGAAGGCCUUGUGCGGGGAGGCGUGAACAGUCGGGCUAUGAGGGAGAUGUUCAGGAGCUACGUGGAGAUGCUGGUGAGCACAGCACUCGACCCUGAUAUGAUCCAAGCUCUGGAGGACACCAAUGAUGAGCUGUACCUCCCUCCCAUGAGAAAAAUCGACAGCUUACUGAGUGCGCAGAAGAAGAGGUUGUUGAGAAGAGUCAAUAUGAGUGCUCAGCAUCAGGAGGCUUUACAUAUGUACCCCAAAAUGACAGCAGGCCCUCUGGAGUCAGGAGCUGUCAGAGUUCAUCUGGGCGGUGAGGGUUACAGCCGUAAGACCCUCAGUCGUGUCAAGAAGAGUGUUCCAAAGCAGCAGGACAUGAAGCUUUCAAUUGAAACCUGUCGAAUAUACAAUCUGUAUCAUUCUCUUCACCACUACAAGUAUCACACCUUCCUGCACUGCAAGAAGGAGACGGAUAACAUCGAGCAGGCAGCUGAGGACCCUGGCCAGGAGGAGGUGGUGCAGCAGUGCAUGGCCAACCAGGCCUGGCUGGAGAGCCUUUUUAGCUCCUUCAUUGAACUUCUUACCCUUAGUGCCAAGGCCUGAAGGAGGACCAACGCCUCAGCCUCUGAACUCCUGCAUCCACCCACAGUAUCAAGUAGCCGGAGGUAUUUCGCGUUUGUGAAGCGAAAGAAUCCCACUACACAAACGGUUUGGUUGCAACCAGAGAACAGCUGCCAGCAGUUUGUUUGUGGUACAUGUUUUAUUGUAGAAUCCAAUCUUAGGUGCCUCUUGAUUUGAAGGUUUGUAUUGACAAACAGAGGAUUAUGAACUCUUUGAAUGUGGUGGAUUUUUCUCCAAAUCUAUAAACAGAAGUCAUGAGGAGAGGGUGGUCAGAGAUAUCCUCAGAACUUUAAUGGACACCUAAAAGCUGUCUGUAAGGAUGUGUUAAUAACUCUGGUUUGUAUCAUUUAUACAGUGACACUUUUAAAAAUGACCACCCUAACAGAGGGUUGUUUGUUCUUAUUUUUGAAAAAUAUUUUAAUGGGAUGUACAUAAAAUGAGCCGCCCUACUUUAUUGGUUCUGUUCAAACCCACAGAGUUCAAACUGGGGAUGAGUGAGCUAAAAUGAGGCUUUAGUGGACUAUAUGAUGUUUGUACAAUCUUCAGUAAAGAUAAAAAAGAAUAAAAUGCUGUAUGCAGGACCAGAAAUGUGUUCUGAUCCAAACCAUGAUGUUUUUGUUUCUUUUUAAAAAGAUGGUUCAACUGCUACAAAUGACUAAGGAAUGAAAAAAUAAAGCACGCCUUUCUCUAAAGAAAUGUGAGGUUAAAAGAGCCUCCAGCAGCCUAAAUGUCAGUGUUUAAUGUUGGUCAUUUUUAUCUGUUUGUUGUUGAAUAUUGAUGAUGAUUAUUCCUAUUGUUCUGCCUCUUCUGGAGACUCUUUCAAUGUGUAAACACUGUACAGCUGCUCCAUUCUCUAGUUGGCAGUUACUCCUCUGUACAUGAAAUUCCUGUAUUUGACUAAGGGAAAUAAAACUGAUCAAAAUGACAAACAUGAUUAAAAAUAAA